AUGUCACAGAGUCUAGGUACCUCAAUAAUUGACAAACCCUCAGAAGAAGAGGACUUCCCGUUCCCUGUGUCCAUAGUCACCACUGAUUUCAAGAAUUUUAAAAACGAUUCCCAAUCCAUUGAUCAAUUCCUCUACAAGAACCACCGAUUUACAUCACUUGAUGUGUUAAUCAAGGAGUUGAGGCAACUUUCAUCAAGCUUAAAUCAAAGCUUGCUAGAUAUUGUCAACCACGACUAUACAGAUUUUAUCGAAUUGGGUAAAUCGAUAAAUGGCGGUGACGAGUUGAUUAAUUCGAUAUCGGAAGAUUUAAAACAGUUUAAAAUCCAAUUACAUCAAUAUGACGAUAAAUUUAAUCAGAUGGAUACGGAACUCGCCACGACUUUAAGCAUAAGGCAGCAUUUGAUUGAAUUAAAAAGCAUAGCCAAGUUACAACUCCUACUACAUGAUCAAAUUGAAAUGUUUGACAGAUUGACCAAAGAAGAGUUAAACUUGGCCAGCUUGCAGAAAAUUACAGCAACGUAUCUUUCCAUAAUAAGUGUGGAUAAACAUUUGCAAAACUUGAUUGAUGAUGAACUUCCUCAAAGUAAAUUGCAACAGCAAUACUUGAAUGGGAAAGUAACGUCAGUGAUUAUGGAAUUUAAAGGGUAUAUGCGGCUGUUAUUGGGUGACGUCAAGCUGAAAAGGAUUACUGAACCUAAUUUGGUGACGCAAAUUCUCAAUAUUCAAAAUAUGCUUUAA